AUGUCGUCACCAAGAGCUAUAAUUCAAAUUGUCAUCUCCGGGUCUGCCAUUCUCGGCAAGGCUUUCGCAGCUGCUGGAAAGCAAGCGCUCAAAAACGCGAAAGCGACACCGGCAGCGUUGAGCUCUGACGUUGGAGGCGUACAAAAUGCAACAUCUGGCUCGCUCACUGACCGUCUCACACGAGAACACCGGAUGACGCUCGACGAGGCUCAUCUCAUCUUGAACGUGAAGCGCGGGGACCCGAUGGAGAACGUCAUGAAGCAUUACGAGCACCUAUUCAAAGCCAACUCACCACAACCGGCGAAGAAAGCUGCAGCGAAACCGGCAGCUGGCUCGAAGCAAGCACCACCACCACCCGCACACUCCAUCUACGUCCAGUCGAAAGUCGUACGGGCACGAGAACGUAUCGAAGCGGAGCUCAAAGCCGGCGAGGAGCCCACCGUACCGCCGCCUACAGCCGACGUACCAGGCGCAACACCCAACAACCCGCCUCCGCCCAGCUCAUAG